AUGCAUCGCCAGCGCCGCCUUGUGCGUGGCCUUCUUUCAAAUUCUUCUUCUCAAAUGUUGGGAUGCCGACCUUUUUUUGGAAUGAGUGGAAGGGGCAGCGGUGGUGCCGGGGGUCGUGGGGAUUCGGGAAAAGAAGGGGAAGUUGGAGGGAAAGGAUGGUCAGGGCUGUUUAGCGGUGCAGGUGGAUUGCCACCGGGAUUUGACGAACAGAGGUUGAAGGCAGUUCAAGAAAUAUUUAAUAAACAGUCCCCUGAGAAGCAAGCGGAGCUGAUGAAAAAGGCACUCGAGUUCCAAAAGGUUUUUGGGAAGGUCCCGGGGAUUGGUAAAAUGGCGCAGAAAAAUAUUGAAAUGUUGGAGAAGGUGGUGAUUAACAACUCCAGCCAGCAGCAACAACAAACACCUCCAAAGGCGAAUGGAAUCCGCAGCAUGUCUGGGGCUGCUGAAAGGGAAAAUAAGGCAAAAAUAAAGUCGUCUAAUGAAUCGACAGCAGCCGGCUCCGCGAGAAUCUCGGGGGGUGCUGCCGGACCCACCAUUGACGAACUGAAGAAAAUUAACUUGGGACCCGAGAUUGAGGAGCUUUUCGCCGAGCUCUCCUCGAUAAGGGCAAAGAAAAAUUCUUAUCGUAGUAAAUUCCUCGCUGCUGAAACAGAUCUUGAGAAGUUGAGGAAAGAGGUUGAACAGUUGCGUGAGACAGACGCUAGUCUCCGGUCAAAGCUGCGUCGAGUGGAACAAGAUGUUAUGCUUCUCAAUUCUGAAAACAUGGAAUUGAAAGAACAUGAAAAAGAAUGGAGACAGGUAAGGCACAAAAAUGAGAAACUGACAGACGCAGUGCAGCGACUUCAACAUGAUAAUGCGGCGCAAGACCGUCAGCUCAGCGAGGCCCUGCAAGUGCAGCUAAAGGAGAAGGAUGAUAUGUUACGGUCGCUGCAACGAAAACUUGACAGACUCAGGAAGCGGGAUCCACUUCUUCAAUUUUCACUUCUCUGUAGUGACGUGGCACGGCUGUGUGAUACUGAACAAAAUGCCGCUAAGGAUGCAGCUGAGGAUGCCUUUAACAUGCUGCAGGGAAUUCACCAACAGAAGCAAGACGCUGCUUGGAAGUCAGCUAUGUUACAGGAUGGUGCAGCAGCGAAAGCAUUCAUGGCAGUGGUCCGCCGUUUUUACUUGAGUCGUGUUCCACAUGCAAACUAUGAUGCGCUUGUUGCGGUGGAUGAUGCGGAAGCGCUCCGACCUCUUGUGAGUGAAAUGGGUUUCACUUUAGAGCAUGUGGCUGCCGGUCGUUAUGUCAUCGUCGCUCCCUCUGUUGAGGUGCCCAAAACUUUUAUUGGUCCGUACGGGCUGUGUGCUGCUUUAUAUCUUGCAGGGAAAUCUGUAGAAGGAGAGAAAAUGUUUUCCUUUAAACUUACUGUUGUGUAUCCACACGUAAGCUCAACUCUGUUUGGAAACACGUGCAGGACGGGGGUGCAGUAUGACACGGCGAGGUCUAGCGGACCUGGUGGACAGGCCGUUAACGUUUCGGAGACCCAAAUUAUCGCAAAGUUGUCUAUUGAUGGCGAUGCGGCUUAUACCGCAGAGGCACAAGAUUCUCGCAGUGCACUCAACAAUCGGGAGGCUGCCACCGAGAAGUUGGCUAAAACAAGGCGUCAGCAUUACAACGAACAACUCGCGAAGCAGCACAAGCCGGAAGGGUUAGAACGCGAAUUAGUUGCUGUCGUACAGUCCACUCUUAAUGGAAACGGUAGUAGUGGAAGUGAUGGGAUGGUGGGCCCCGUCCCCAAAGAGAUUGUUGAGUUGGUAAAUGACACUGUUGCCAAGAAAUUGCUGCCUGGCGCAGAACUGGGGUUGCUGUACGGUAUGUUGUAUUUGUUUCGUGAGGCGGCGGCCGCUGCCUCCUCAUAG